AUAGCAUAGCAUCCAUCCAUCGCUUCAGACUUCAGAGUGGCCAAAGCCUGAGGUUCAAGUGUUCUGCAGCGUCAAAAUGUUGAAAGAGCUGGUAAGGGAGCGACUCAUUGCGGCCGCCGACGAAAUCUUCGGACUGUUUGAAAGAACGAUAAUGUCGUACGAGGAGCAACUCUGUCGAGCGAGAGAGGAGACCGAGCGACACCGACAACAACUCGAAGCUGUUUGCAAGACUCAAGUUGUCAUACCCGUCCGAGACGUCCAGCAGCUGAUUGGUCGUCAGGAAGAACUUCCCCCUCAGCUGCGGUGCGGGAGUUCCAGUUUGAAGCAAGAGGUUCCACAGCCACUCUUCGCUAAAGAAGAGGAGGAGGAGGUUGAGGUCAACAAGUUGCCGUUGACUGUUGUCUCUGUGAAGAGUGAAGACGAUGAAGACAAAGCACCUGACUGGUCACAGCUCUUUCAUCACAGUCCAAGUGGAGACUACGGUGGAGGUCCACCACCAGACAACCUCUUAGCUCCACUGUCAGACAGUGACGACAUGGAAGAACCUUUGAGGAGCGACGAAGACUGUGAAGGUGGCAAACAGUCAAAAUGCUCCGAAGAGGCAGCAACACAGGAAAAACGUGUUGCCUGCUUAGUUUGUGGUAAAGAGUUACAUAAAAAGACUUUGUUAAGACAUAUGAGGAUACAUCCAGGAGAAAAAGCCUUUCGGUGCUCAGUCUGUGGUAAAGCAUUCUCCAAAAAUUCAGAUAUAGUUAGACACAUGAGAACACACACAGGAGAAAAACCCUUUAGUUGCUCGACUUGUGGUAAAACCUUUUCUCAAAAGUCAACCUUGGUGUCACACGCGGUAACACACACAGGAGUAAAACCCUUUAGUUGCUCAACUUGUGGUAAAACAUUCUCCAGAAAGAAAUACUUGGUGUCACAUGUCAGAAUACAUGCAGAAAAGCCCUUUUUUUGUUCAGUUUGCAGGAAAACAUUCCCUCUAAAAGAAAGAAUGAUAUUACACAUGAGAACACACACACAAGAAAAAACCUUUGGUUGCUCAGGUUGUCAUAAACAGUUCACCCAUGAGUCCGAUCUGGUUAAACACACAAGAACUCACACAGGAGAAAAACCCUUUAGUUGCUCAAUUUGUGAUAAAACCUUCUCUCAAAAGUACAACAUGGUCUUACACAUGAGAGUACAUACAGGAGAAAAGCCCUACAGUUGCUCAGUUUGUGGUCAAGAGUUCACUCAUAAGUCAAAUAUGGUUUUACACAGGAGAAAACACACAGGAGAAAAACUCUUUAGUUGUUCAAUUUGUGGUAUAAGCUAUUCAAAUCCAAAAAGCUUGGCUGCACACAUGCGGGCAAAGCACAGGAGAAAAAAUGUUUCACAGUAACAGGGCUCUAGACUUCCCCGAUAUGGUCACACUUUCCCCUUAAAUUUGAGACCGUAACAUUUUUUUUUUUUUUUUUUUUUUGUUUGUUUUAUAUCUACUAGCGCAUGUGCGACCUACAGUGGCCGAGACAGGUCACAACAAAUGCAAACGCAACAACACAACACAGCGACAUCAGCACACAACAGAAAAGCAAACGGCACAACACAUUAAUGCCACAACACAAAACAACGCUUUUGGUACAUCAGAAGUGACCGCGAGACUCCUGCCUCCUGUACAAUUCGUCCGUGUUACAGGGGACUAUUGCCGACGGACCAAGUGACCAAAUGUGGAAGUUGCACAAGUUUUAAUGAACAAAGUUGAAAUGUUUUAUAAAUGAUUUAUAAAAAUUGGAAACUGCUUACGUUCCAAAAUAGCAGUCAUUAAAAGGAUAUAUAUUGUUUGUUUUGCGUUUGGUGAUAUGGGUAGGGUGAAGAAUGUAUUUAGUUCUCAUCCCAAUUUUAAUUUCCAUCCAUCCAUUUUCUUCCGCCUAUCCGAGGUCGGGUCGCAGUAGCUUUAGCAGGGACGCCCAGACUUCCCUCUCCGCUCUUCCGGGGGUAGCCCGAGGGGUUCCAAGGUCAGCCGGGAGACAUAGUCUCUCCAGCGUGUCCUGGGUCGUCUUUGGGGUCUCCUCCUGGUGGGAUGUGCCCGGAACACCUAGCCAGGGAGGCGUCCAGCAAGCAUCCUAAUCAGAUGCCUGAGCCACUUCAUCUGGCUCCUCUCAAUGCGGAGGAGCAGCGGCUCUACUCUGAGCUCCUCCCGGAUGACCGAGCUUCUCACCCAAAUUUUUAUUUCAGUGGGAUAAUCUUUUGAGAUUUUUCCUUAUUAAAGAUAUUGGGAAGCCCAUUAGUCCGUUGGCGUUAUGAGUCACCAGUAAGAUGGAUCAAUUAUACAGUCGGUGGGAGUCCCGUGGUCAUCUCCAGUACCUAAAGUGUUUUGGUAUUUGUAUUUGUUUUAUGUUAAUGUGUUGUGGUGUUUGUAAUUGUCGUGACAGGUCUCGGCCACCGUAGCGACCAGUAAAUUUGCAGAAUAAAAAAAAAAAAAAUCCAAUAAUUUUGUUUUUUAACAAACUUCUGCUCUGCCGUUUCGGCCCAGUUGUUGGUGAUGAUACUCAUAUGAGCUUGUUUACCAACAAGUAUUGGCUCCAGAAGAAGAAAGCAAAUGAAUACCAAAGAAGAAAAAGGCAGGCCAAUGUGUUUGAGGGUGAGGGGGGAAUAAUAACAACGGUGUGGCAAAUAUGUGAAGAGGCAUCUGGCCUUAGCAAUGUAAACAAUGUCAUCCUUGCCAAAAUGCUUGCUGCAUACCUUUGUGUGCAGAGAAAAACAGCAAACCACCUUCUUUGCAUUCUGUGUAUCCACUGCUCUCGAAGGAUGGGGUCUUUAAAUUGCAAGUAUAUCUGGUGCAAAAAGGUGUGCAGCAAUGCUCAUUUGAGUCAUCCAUCGUUUUAUGGAACUUAAAACAUCCCUCACGUAGUUACUUAUUUUCUGGCAGGUACAGUACUCGAGUACUUCUGUCCGUUUAUUUACCUGCUGUGGUGAAUGGAACAGGAAGUUCAGCGGAAACUCAUUUUCUGAUAACUGGCGAGACUGAAAGUACGGCACACGUAGUCCAUUUCAGGGAGACAAAUUCGAUGAAGUGCAAAUUCUGCUGUCUGUACGCGCAACAUUUGGGGAACUUGAAUUUGGGGCAUGUGAUGAUAUUACUGACACUGCUGGCGUAAAGAAUCAAGCCUUUAAUAGGCUUGAUUCUUAUGUUUAUGUGGUGUCAAAUCUUGCUCAUUAAAAUUGCUCAUUAAAAUGAAUUUAAAAUAUUGUACUUUCUGGAUUUCUUGUCAAAAUUUCAAUAAUACAGUGAAAAUAUUCCUUUCAAGUCUAUUUACAGUGUGUGCCCCUAGAUUUUCUGCUUCCAGCCCUAAAAUGUAAAGAAAGGGGCCACUGUGCUCCUUGUCAAAAAAGUCAGUCUGGAGCCUUGAGUAAUACAUUGCAUACAUACAACAAUAUUGCAUCCUCUGGACCUCACUUAUUGUUUUCAAUAAAUUUUCAAUUUUUUGUUUUGUGUGGGUCACCGAAAGGAACAUAAACAAAUGUAGAAAAAAAAUUACUGAGAGACCUUGCCAAAACGAGAUGAGAUAAAAAUUUGAAAGAUGUUGCAAAUCUUUCAUUUGUGGUAAUGUACUGCCGGCUCAACUUCUGGUUAAACAAGCGUAGAAUCUGUUUUCUACGGUCACUAACCAUAUCCAUCCGUCUUUCGUCCCAUCCCGAUUGGACAAAGAGAGGUGAAAGCAAAUCUCUGAAACUGAAUGUACGUGCAUUAACAUGAAUUAACAUUUUGUGAGAUCUUACAAAAUGUUAUGUACUUCUGUACCUCCCCUUAGGGCUCCAUAGUUUUGGUAAAGUGUCACCCGUCUUGCCAUAACUGCAAAAGAAAAACGUUUCUAAAGAGUAGCCUUUUCGGGGGUUAUGGAAUUAAUAAGCAUAAUAGAAAAAUGUGGCAUUUGUUAUUGAGCUUGUUUGGUUAUUUCCCACUCGUCUUUGUUUUGAUUAAAUAUCUGAAAUUUAAGUUGAAGGUUGACACUCAAUUUGUGUCUUGAAUUAUUUUAUUUCAAAUCCAAUGUGUAUCGUCAGAAGAAAAUAAUUUUUAAACAACUUUAGUCAUCCCUUUCAAAUACAUAAGUUUAAUUUCUUAAUGGUAUGAACAAAUUCUGCACCUGCCAACAAAACGUUCCUGGGUUGCAGUAUUUGGUUUUGAAAUGUAUUGAAGCCUGAAGAAAUCAAUUUUAAAGCCUUGUUUUUAAGAGGUACCUGAAUGAUAAAGAACAUCUGUUUCCUGUUUUGCGUCCUCGUACAUACUGCUAUGGUUGCAUAUGAUGGCCAACACUCCAGCUCAGUAGGUGGCAUAAUGCCCCUUAAACGCUGGGUGCCACGCGCCA